UUUUGUUUGUCAUCAUUGUUGGUGAAGAAUCUUUCCGCGACGCACUCGACUCAGUAGUUUUUUGUGAUAUUUCAGAGGAAAAAUGGCUCUCGCAGACGUUUGCGGAUUCUCCAGCGGUUCGCUGCUGGCUGGUGGCCCCAUGGGCUACCAAUCCUUCCAGCGGGACAUUGCGCUGGGCAGCCAAAACCUGGAAAACAGUCUGUCGCUGGCGGUUCCACCGUUCCAAGAGCCGGCGGAGAAUCUGGCCAAACUGCAGGCCCAUGGCGAAUCGAGCGGCAUCAAGAUGGACUUUGACCACGGAACGACGACGCUCGGGUUCCGGUUCCAGGGUGGAGUUAUUCUGGCGGUCGAUUCCCGUGCCACCGGCGGUCAGUUUAUCGGUUCGCAGACGAUGAAGAAGAUUGUCGAGAUUAACGACUACCUGCUGGGAACGUUGGCUGGUGGUGCGGCCGAUUGCGUGUACUGGGAUCGGGUGCUGGCCAAGGAGUGCCGAAUCUACGAGCUGCGCAACAAGGAACGUAUUUCGGUGGCCGCUGCCAGCAAGAUCAUGUCCAACAUUGUGUACUACUACAAGGGCAUGGGCCUCAGCAUGGGAAUGAUGUUGGCCGGGUACGACAAGCGCGGUCCUCAGCUGUAUUACAUCGAUUCCGAGGGAACGCGCACUCCUGGCAAGGUAUUCUCGGUGGGCAGUGGCUCGAUCUACGCGUACGGUGUGCUCGAUUCCGGCUACCGGUGGGACCUGUCGGAUGAGGAUGCGCAGGAUCUGGGACGGCGCGCCAUCUAUCACGCGACGCACCGGGAUGCGUACUCCGGUGGCAUCGUGCGCGUUUACCACAUCAAACCGACCGGCUGGGUCAACAUCUCCAACCAGGACUGUAUGGAUCUGCACUUCAAGUACCAGGACGAGAAGAAGCAGAAGUUUGGAUCGUAAAUAGGGGGCAGAGCAGAUCGUUCAUUCAUAAUUAUUGUAAUCGCAACAUGAAGCGAAAUAAAUGCUUUUCGGUAAAUUAACGGUAAUCAAA